GACGGCACCGGGCAACGCCAAGUGUGAACAGCGUUCCCAGCACCACCCCGACACAGCAGUCCCGCGCACUCUUGCGAUCGAUUGUACCACAGUCGGAGCGUGUGUGGCGGACUGGUUCGAGGUUUCACCGCGACACGCCCCUGCGCGACCGAGCAGCAAAACGUAACGUCAUCCAGCUGUUAUUUUGCGCAUCACACUCCUCGACGAGAUGGUCAUCAACGACACGCGGAAGCGCUUGCUGAGGCAGCUCAACAGUCGAUACAUAUAUGGACGAUAUAUCGCCCUCAUCCAGAUCACCAUGGUUUCGAUCCUCGUACGCAGGUUCAACGCCUACUAUGCCAACCGACCCAUCCUCACCACAAUGAUCACCAACGCAGUACUUGGAGGUAUCGCAGAUACGGUGGCACAAACACUCACCGCCGUGCGCCGGCGACAACGGCAGAAGGCGCUGAAUCCCAGCGAUGGCGAAGAUGGCUUCCUUUCGAUCGAGAUUCAUGACCUGGACAGGAAAGUGCCGUGGCCGGAAGACGAUUAUAUGACACCUGCGUCCAAACGAGGACCGCCUCCAUUCGACUUCGAAAGGUUGACGAGGUUCAUGGCAUAUGGUUUUAUGAUGGCCCCUGUACAGCAUAAGUGGUUUGGGUUCUUGAACAGGAUAUUUCCUAUCGUCUCUGGAGAGGGCAAGGGUACUACAAAUGCUCUGCGAAGAGUUGCGUUCGACCAGUUCCUCUUUGCGCCAGUCGGUCUCGCGGCAUUCUUCACAUUCAUGACAGUCGCAGAGGGCGGUGGGAAACGAGCUGUCGUUCGCAAGUUUCAGGACGUGUACCUGCCAGCACUCAAAGCGAACUUCAUAGUAUGGCCGCUCGUACAGGUGUUGAACUUUCGAGUGAUGCCGAUACAGUUUCAAAUUCCGUUUGUGUCAACAGUCGGUAUCUUCUGGACGGCGUACUUGUCGUUGACGAACUCUUCGGAUGAGCCUGUGGAAAGUCCUGCACGAUCGCCCGCCGUCUCGGCUUAGGACUGCAGCGUUGGCGCUUUCACCAAUGAAAUGUAAAAUGGAACGAAUGAACAGCAUCUGGCAAGACCCCGUCGGAGAUACUCGGAAGACUUCACCUGUGUCUCAGCUUGGCGUUUGGCGAUUGGGGCAUCCUGGGACUGCAUAGCAUGAAAAGUGGGUAGCAUAGCCUCGG